AUGGGGGCCAAAGCAAUGACCGUGUCCAUAUGGAUUCUCAGUCUUUCAAUAUCCUGUGCUCUAGGUAUUGAAAUCACAAGGGGACGAGCUCGUGACCACAGCAAUACCAUCUGCAGCACUUGGGGUAAUGAAUACAUCAAGACUUUCGAUGGGGAUGUAUACCAGUUCCCCGGGACCUGCGUCUAUAACCUCGCCUCAGACUGCCAUGAAUCGUAUCUUGAGUUCUCCGUCCACAUGCGCCGCACCAACGAAGGGGGCCAUCCCACCAUCAAGGAGCUGGUGAUCAUGAUCAAAGAAGAGGUCAUCAUACUGACCCCAAAACUGGCAAUUGUCAACGAAGAACUUGUUAGCACCCCAUACUAUGGCUCUGGGAUCCUGGUGGAGAGAAAUGAAAUCUACACCAAGCUGUAUACUAAGCUGGGACUGACACUCAUGUGGAACGGAGAAGACGCCGUCAUGCUGGAGCUGGAUACCAAGUUUCAGAACCGGACCUGUGGUCUAUGUGGGGAUUACAAUGGACAGCAGCUCUUCAAUGAGUUUAUUUUCGAAGGAGACCCGCUGUCCCCCAUUGAAUUCGGGAAUCUGCAGAAAGUUCACCAGCCCAACGAGGAGUGUGAGGACACAGUCGAAGAGGAGACGAUGGCUGCCUGCACUCAAUACCGCGACAAAUGUGAGGAGAUGCUGACUGCCCGAAGCUGGUCCGACUGCUCCAGACGCUUGAACCUGGAGUCCUACAUCCACACCUGCAUGCUGGACAUGUGCAGCUGCACGGCCCCCAAGAAAGAGGACUGCAUCUGCAGCACCCUUUCCGAAUUCUCCCGGCAGUGCUCCCACGCUGGUGGCAAGCCCGACGACUGGAGGACUGACGCGCUGUGCCCCAAGAGCUGUCCUUUCAACAUGAUCUAUAAAGAGAGUGGCUCGCCCUGUGUGGACACCUGUUCCAACCGUGACACCAGCACUCUGUGUGAGGAGCACUUAAUGGACGGCUGCUUCUGCCCUGAAGGAACUGUGCUUGAUGACAUCACACAUUCCGGCUGCAUUCCUGUGAAUCGGUGCAAGUGCUCAAUGCAUGGCAAGACCUACAGCCCAGGAGAGAGGAUCAAGCAGCAGUGUGAAGAAUGUGUUUGCUCUUCAGCUAAAUGGGUGUGUAAAAACCUGCUCUGUCCUGGGACCUGUUCUGUGGAGGGAGGGGCCCACAUCUCCACUUUCGAUGAGAGACCCUACACCUUCCAUGGGGAUUGCUACUAUGUUCUGUCUAAGGACUGUGCUAAGGGUCACUUCUCCGUGCUGGGGGAGCUCGGACCCUGUGGGACGCAGGAACUGGACACCUGCCUGAAGACUGUGGUGCUGCUGCUGAACAAGGACUUGAGCAGCAGGAGUCAGCGUGUUCUGGUUAUUAAAGCAAAUGGGAAGGUUUUCCUACACAAUACAGAGAUCCAAUUACCCCACACAGCAGGAAACCUCCACAUCUUUAGACCUUCUUCCUUCCACAUCAUCCUGCAAACAGAGUUUGGGCUGCAGAUACAGGUGCAGAUGGUUCCCAUCAUGCAGGUCUACCUUACCCUGGAUCAGUCCUACAAAACACAAGUGUGCGGUCUCUGCGGAAACUUCAACGACAAGCACAGCGACGAUUUCAAGACUUUCCAAGGGAUGGUGGAGGGGACGGCUUCAGCUUACGCCAACUCCUGGAAAGCCCAGGCCAGCUGCCCGGACAAGACUGACCGCCUGGACGACCCCUGCUCUAUCAGCAUGGAAAACGAAAACUAUGCUGAGCACUGGUGUUCUGCCUUGAUGAAGGAUGACUUCUCCAAAUGCCAUACUGUGGUGGACCCCGAGGAAUAUUACAGGAGAUGCAAGUAUUCCAGCUGUAACAGUGAGAAGAGUGAGGACUUCUUGUGUGCCGCCAUCUCUUCGUACAUCCGAGCCUGUGUUGCAAAGGGGGUUCAGCUGCAAGGCUGGAGAAGCAGUGUCUGUGAUAAGCAUAUAAGCAGCUGCCCAGCGUCUCAGAACUUCUCUUACGCGCUGCGAGGCUGCCAGCGCACCUGCCGGUCUCUGAGUUCAGGACAGGAGGGCUGCUCUGUGGAUUUCGUGCCCGUGGACGGGUGCUCCUGCCCACAGGGUCUGUACCAGGAUGAGCAGGGGACCUGUGUGCCAAAGGCGAGGUGCCCAUGCCUUCACAAUGGAGAGCUGAUUAAACCCGGAAAGUCUAUCAAAAUACAGGAUGAACGAUGCACCUGCAUCAAUGGAAAUUUCCACUGUAUUUCUGAAAACAUGAUGUCAAAAUGUAAGUACCCUUCACCUUGUAUUCAUAUGUUGUUUGUUGUUCUAGAUUGUCCUUCCUCAAUGGUCUACUUCAGCUGCAACAACGCCGAACCUGGAGCUUCAGGAAUAGAGUGCCAAAAAACCUGCCAGAAUCUCAAUCGGGAUUGUUACCAAGUGGGGUGUAAAUCCGGAUGUAUGUGCCCUGAUGGUUUGAUCGCUGACGGACGAGGGAACUGCGUUCAUGAACAUCAGUGCUCUUGUCUGCACGACGGAAGACAUUAUGCCACGGGCGCGCAAAUACGAGAGAAAUGCAACUUAUGCACCUGUAAGAGUGGCACCUGGCAUUGCACACGCAACGAAUGCCACAGAACCUGCACCAUCUACGGCAGCGGACACUACAUCACCUUUGAUGCGAGGCGGUAUGAAUUCGAAGGGGACUGUGGGUACAUUGCAACCCAGGACUACUGUGGAGAUAAUUCUGGGAAUGGCACAUUCAGAGUAAUUACCGAAAAUGUUCCCUGUGCAAAAAAAGGGACAACUUGUUCAAAAUAUGUCAAAAUUUUCAUUGGGAGAACUGAACUGACGCUAGCUGAUGGAAAGUAUGAAGUAAAGGAUCUGGGUGUAGGAAAAAAGGUGACGUUUACGGUCCGUACCAUUGGUCUGUACAUCGCCAUUGAGGCCAGCAACGGGCUUGACGUGUUAUGGGACCAGAAAACAACAGUCUAUAUCAUUCUAAGCCCGCAGUACAAGGGAAAAGUGUGUGGCCUGUGCGGUAACUACGACGACAACGCCAAGAACGACUUCACCACCCAGGGCCAGCUGCAGGUGGCGAACCCCAUGGAGUUUGGGAACAGCUGGAAGAUUCAGAGCUCCUGUCCCGACGUAUUGAACGAUACCAACCCCUGCGUCAUCAACCACCACUGGCACAACCGGGCAAAGCUGCACUGCAGCAUCAUCAAGGGCAAGACGUUCAAAGACUGCCACCAGAAGGUGGAUUUCACUCCAUACUACGAUGCCUGUGUCCAUGACUCCUGUUCCUGUGACUCUGGUGGAGACUGCCAGUGUUUCUGCACUGCCGUCGCCUCAUACGCUGCCGCGUGUAAUUCAGCUGGGGUUUGUGUCAACUGGAGGACCCCUGAUAUCUGCCCAAUGUUUUGUGAUUACUAUAACCCUCCCGACGAGUGUGAAUGGCACUACCAAGCCUGCGGGAGCCCCUGCUUUAAGACCUGUCUGAACCCAGAAGGAAUCUGCAACACCACGCUCCCCAACCUGGAGGGUUGCUUCCCAAAAUGCCCCCCGGAAGCACCAAUAUACGAUGAACACAAAAAAAUCUGUGUAGAAAAGUGUGAAUGUUACAUCAAUGGCACCCACUAUGAACCAGGGGAGACUGUUCCUACAGAAGAUAACUGCAAGAAUUGUGUUUGUUUGCCAUCAGGAGAAUUGGAAUGUAAUGAAAUCGCCCUACUUGCUGCCCAUGCUGCCCUCCUCACUGCCCACCUCGCUGUCCUCCUUGCUGCCCAUGCUGCCCUCCUCGCUGUCCUCCUCGCUGCCCAUGCUGCCCUCCUCACUGCCCAUGCUGCCCUCCUCGCUGCCCUCCUCACUGCCCAUGCUGCCCAUGCUGCCCUCCUCGCUGUCCUCCUCACUGCCCAUGCUGCCCUCCUCGCUGCCCAUGCUGCCCUCCUCACUGCCCAUGCUGCCCUCCUCACUGCCCUCCUCACUGCCCAUGCUGCCCAUGCUGCCCUCCUCGCUGCCCUCCUCGCUGCCCAUGCUGCCCUCCUCGCUGCCCAUGCUGCCCUCCUCGCUGUCCUCCUCACUGCCCAUGCUGCCCUCCUCACUGCCCAUGCUGCCCUCCUCGCUGCCCAUGCUGCCCUCCUCGCUGCCCCCCUCGCUGCCCAUGCUGCCCUCCUCGCUGUCCUCCUCGCUGCCCAUGCUGCCCUCCUCACUGCCCAUGCUGCCCUCCUCGCUGCCCAUGCUGCCCUCCUCGCUGCCCCCCUCGCUGCCCAUGCUGCCCUCCUUGCUGCCCAUAUUGCCCUCCUCGCUGCCCCCCUCGCUGCCCAUGCUGCCCUCCUUGCUGCCCAUAUUGCCCUCCUCGCUGCCCCCUCGCUGCCCAUGCUGCCCUCCUCACUGCCCUCCUCGCUGCCCAUGCUGCCCUCCUCACUGCCCACCUCGCUGUCCUCCUUGCUGCCCAUGCUGCCCUCCUCGCUGCCCAUGCUGCCCUCCUCACUGCCCACCUCGCUGUCCUCCUCGCUGCCCAUGCUGCCCUCCUCACUGCCCUCGCUGUCCCUGCUGCCCUCCUCGCUGCCCUCCUCGCUGCCCUCCUCGCUGCCCAUGCUGCCCUCCUUGCUGCCCCCCUCGCUGCCCAUGCUGCCCUCCUUGCUGCCUAUAUUGACCUCCUCGUUGCCCUCCUCGCUGCCCUCCUUGCUGCCCUCCUUGCUGCCCUCCUCGCUGCCCAUGCUGUCCUCCUCGCUGCCCUCCUCGCUGCCCAUGCUGCCCUCCUCGCUGCCCAUGCUGUCCUCCUCGCUGUCCUCCUCGCUGCCCAUGCUGCCCUCCUUGCUGCCCAUAUUGACCUCCUCGUUGCCCUCCUCGCUGCCCAUGCUGUCCUCCUCGCUGUCCUCCUCGCUGCCCAUGCUGCCCUCCUCGCUGCCCAUGACACCAGAGUCAAUAACAACCACAACUACAGAGUCAACAACAACACCAACAACCACAACUACAACCACAACUACCGGGCCAACAACAACAACACCAACAACCACAACUACAACCACAACUACUGGGCCAACACCAACACCAACCACAACUACCGGGCCAACACCAACACCAGAGUCAACAACCACAACUACAGAGUUAACAACAACACUAACAACCACAACUACAACCGCAACCACCGGGCCAACACCAACACCAACCACAACUACCGGACCAACACCAACACCAGAGUCAACAACAACACCAACAACCACAACUACAACCACAACUACUGGGCCAACACCAACACCAACCACAACUACUGGACCAACACCAACACCAGAGUCAACAACAACACCAACAACCACAACUACAACCACAACUACAGGGCCAACACCAACACCAACCACAACUACCGGACCAACACCAACACCAGAGUCAACAACAACACCAACAACCACAACUACUGGGCCAACACCAACACCAACCACAACUACCGGACCAACACCAACACCAGAGUCAACAACAACACCAACAACCACAACUACAACUACCGGGCCAACACCAACACCAACCACAACUACCGGACCAACACCAACCACAACUACCGGGCCAACACCACCACCAGAGUCAACAACAACACCAACAACCAUAACUACAGAGUCAACAACAACCAGAACUACAGAGUCAACAACAACACCAACAACCACAACUACAACCACAACUACCGGGCCAACACCAACACCAACCACAACUACCGGACCAACACCAACCACAACUACUGGGCCAACACCAACACCAGAGUCAAUAACAACCACAACUACAGAGUCAACAACAACACCAACAACCACAACUACAACCACAACUACCGGGCCAACAACAACAACACCAACAACCACAACUACAACCACAACUACUGGGCCAACACCAACACCAACCACAACUACCGGGCCAACACCAACACCAGAGUCAACAACAACCACAACUACAGAGUUAACAACAACACCAACAACCACAACUACAGAGUCAACAACACCAACAACCACAACUACAACCACAACUACUGGGCCAACAACAACAACACCAACAACCACAACUACAACCACAACUACCGGGCCAACUCCAACACCAACCACAACUACCGGACCAACACCAACACCAACCACAACUACCGGGCCAACACCAAUAACCAUAACUACAGAGUCAACAACAACACCAACAACCAUAACUACAACCACAACUACCGGGCCAACACCAACACCAACCACAACUACCGGACCAACACCAACACCAACCACAACUACCGGGCCAACACCAACCACAACUACUGGGCCAACACCAACACCAACCACAACUACCGGGCCAACACCAACACCAGAGUCAACAACAACCACAACUACAACCACAACUACCGGGCCAACACCAACACCAACCACAACUACUGGGCCAACACCAACACCAACCACAACUACCGGGCCAACACCAAUAACCAUAACUACAGAGUCAACAACAACACCAACAACCAUAACUACAACCACAACUACCGGGCCAACACCAACACCAACCACAACUACCGGACCAACACCAACACCAACCACAACUACCGGGCCAACACCAACCACAACUACUGGGCCAACACCAACACCAACCACAACUACCGGGCCAACACCAACACCAGAGUCAACAACAACACCAACAACCACAACUAAAACUACCGGGCCAACACCAACACCAACCACAACUACAGGGCCAACAACAACACCAACAACCACAACUUCAGAGUCAACAACAACACCAACAACCACAACUACAACUACCGGGCCAACACCAACACCAACCACAACUACCGGGCCAACACCAGCCACAACUACUGGGCCAACACCACCACCAGAGUCAACAACAACCACAACUACAACCACAACUACCGGGCCAACACCAACACCAACCACAACUACCGGGCCAACACCAACACCAACCACAACUACCGGGCCAACACCAACACCAACCACAACUACUGGACCAACACCAACACCAGAGUCAACAACAACCACAACUACAACCACAACUACCGGGCCAACACCAACACCAACCACAACUACUGGGCCAACACCAACACCAACCACAACUACCGGGCCAACACCAACACCAACCACAACUACUGGACCAACACCAACACCAGAGUCAACAACAACACCAACAACCACAACUACAGAGUCAACAACAACACCAACAACCACAACUACAGAGUCAACAACAACACCAACAACCACAACUACAACUACCGGGCCAACACCAACACCAACCACAACUACCGGGCCAACACCAACACCAACCACAACUACCGGGCCAACACCAACACCAACCACAACUACUGGACCAACACCAACACCAGAGUCAACAACAACCACAACUACAACCACAACUACCGGGCCAACACCAACACCAACCACAACUACUGGGCCAACACCAACACCAACCACAACUACCGGGCCAACACCAACACCAAACACAACUACUGGACCAACACCAACACCAGAGUCAACAACAACACCAACAACCACAACUACAGAGUCAACAACAACACCAACAACCACAACUACAGAGUCAACAACAACACCAACAACCACAACUACAACUACCGGCUGUCCAGAUUUAGACCCCCCACGAUACCUAAAUGAAACGUUUUGGCUCUGUAACUGCACCAUGGCGAAAUGCCUUGAAAAUAAUACAGUCGUCAUCGUCCCAUACGAAUGCCCUCCUCUAGUGAAGAUCAACUGUACCAAUGGAAGAGAACCGGUUUUGAAGUAUGAUGAAAAGUUGUGCUGUCCAUAUUAUGAGUGUGAUUGUCAUUGCAAUGGCUGGGGAGACCCCCACUACACAACCUUUGACGGAGUGUACUACAGUUAUCAAGGGAACUGCAGCUACGUGCUGGUGGAGGAGAUCACCCCCAAAUUUGAUAACUUUGGGGUUUAUAUUGACAACGUCCACUGUGACAUCCGAGACCAGGUGUCCUGCCCUCGCUCCAUCAUCGUCACCUUCGACACUCUGUUUGUCGAGCUCAGGAACACUGAAACUGGAGGCCGUGUGAAGUUACAGGUGCUGGUUAAUAAACAUGUAGUUUCUCUGCCAUUUGCCAAAUACGGGAUGAAGAUAUACAGCUCCAAGAUGUACAUUUUUGUGGAGAUACCUGAAAUAAAAGCAGUAAUCAGUUUCAGUGGCAUCGCCUUCACCAUCGAUCUGCCCUACCACAUAUUCGGAAACAACACCCAGGGACAAUGUGGAACUUGCACUAACAACCAGGCUGAUGACUGCAUGCUUCCCGGAGGGCAGCUUAUUAAUGACUGUGCAGUGAUGGCUGACUACUGGCCUGUGAAAGACCCCAACAAGGUGGACUGUGUGUCUCCAUCAUUGGUGCCCACCAACCGUCCACCCAGUCCCACUGUUCCUGCCAUCACACCCUGUGUCCCAGACUCGCUGUGCAGCCUCCUCAAGAGCAGUGUGUUUGCAGAGUGUCACAGACACAUCCCAGUAGAUAAUUUCUUCCAGGCCUGUGUGUUUGACGGAUGCCACGUGCAGAAUUCGUCCAUUGAAUGCUCUAGUUUACAGACAUACGCCUCCAUGUGUGCCUCAGCAGACAUCUGCAUAGACUGGAGAAGCUUGACCCACGGGAAAUGCCCCUCCAACUGUUCUCCUAACAUGGUUUACAAACCCUGUGGGCCUGCUGAACAGCCCUCUUGCGCACUUAGCUCUUUUGGUUCAGUUGAAAAGGAAGGCACUCCAAUGAUAAGUGAGGGCUGCUUCUGCCCUGAAGGCUCCAUGCUCUUCAGCCCUAACUCUGAAGUUUGUGUGAAGAAAUGUGGGUGUCUGGACCCUCAUGGUGUGCCUCGUGAGUUUGAUGAGAAAUUCGAGCAUAACUGCCAGGAUUGUGUGUGCAGCCGUGACACGUACGGGGUCCAGUGCUCCCCACGGGAAUGUCCAGCAAACACAGAUCUGACCUGUACUGGGCUGGGCUUCAUCAUGGUGAACGAGACCAGCCUGGAGGAUCCCUGCUGCCACCAGCUCAUCUGCAGAUGCAACAUUAGCUUGUGCUCAUCAAAUGACCCCACUUGUGAACUGGGAUUCAAACCCUUAAUGACAGUUAAGAGUGGAGAAUGCUGCCCAACCUAUACCUGUGUACCAAAGGGUGUCUGUGUGCACAACUACGUGGAAUAUAUGCCUGGUGGAAAAGUCCCAGUCAAUGAGUGCCAGGUCUGCACCUGCACUGAAAAAGUUGACCUUAAAACCAAACUCAACGUCAUUUCCUGCAUCACCAUACCAUGCAACUACACCUGCGAGCCAGGUUUUAAGAAUGUUGAGUCUCAGACUGAAUGCUGUGGCAAAUGCAUCCAGAACCAGUGUGUUGUUCACAUUCAAGAUGGAGCCACUCAUUUACUGGAGCCUGGACAGACGUGGUCUCCCCCUGACAACAAGUGUGCUCUGCACGGAUGCAUGAAGAUCAAAGACAGCUUCAUUUCAACUCUCGCCAACAUCGCGUGCCCUCCGUUCCACGAGACCAACUGCCAGCCCGGAACCAUCGAAACCACUCUAGACGGCUGCUGUAAGACAUGUAUUGAGAAACAGAAGGACUGCAAGCUGACGACAGUCAAUAGCUACAUCACCUAUCGGGGCUGCCAGUCCACUGAGAAGAUCGCGAUAAUGCAUUGCGCGGGCACCUGCGGGACCUUCUCCAAAUAUUCCUCUGAGGCUGCCUACAUGGAGCACAAGUGCAGCUGCUGCCAGGAGGCGAAGACUCACAACGUGAGCAUUGUGCUGUCCUGCCCCGGUGGAAAGAGCCUGCCUUACACCUACAUCCAGACUGACCAGUGUGACUGCGUCACCACCUCCUGUGAGCCUUUACGCAGCGUGCAGACAGAGGCUCUUCCAAAUAAGAAAAGCCGUCGAUCAGUGCAGAGACCAUGAGUGAAAACAGAGCUCCACAAGCAUGACCUGGAAAGACAGACCACCCUCCCUCUCUCGAAACCUACGCAGCAGCAUAAUCUAGAUAGAUUUAGAAAAACACAGCCUUGCACAAAAUUAUGAGCGUUAUGUAUUUUUUUUUCCUGCUUUGCAAAAAGAAAUAGUUCCUAUUUAUUGUUCUAUUGUUAAUAUUAGGAAUGUCCAACUGACCUUUUUUUUAUUUUAACCUUUUUUUUUUUGCUUAAAAUCCUAAAAUCAAUGCAGCUUUGCUUCCAACCCCAAUAAAAUCCAA